AUAUAACUUUGUCGUGGAGCAAUUUUUCAGAGAGCUUCGAGAGGUUCAAAAUCGGAACGAAGAGAUCCCUCAUCACAAUGUCGAUUGAAGACCGAUCAUUUGACGCUUUGAGGGAGGGCACUGCUACAGUCAUAGACGGAAGUGAUUAUGAUUGGAUAAAGGUCAGUUACAAGCUUUAUUCGAUGAAUGAAACCGAAAGCGGUGACAUAGAUGGUCACUACUGGCACGUCGAUAGCAAUGAUUCCUUGAAAGCAAAUGGAGGAAAAGAUAGUGCUAAUAUUUUCAAUGUCUACACUCGACGUGUGGGGUCUAAAGCUGUUGUUAUGUUACAGCACGAUAAAACAGAGAAGUUUGUGGCUUUCAGGAAAAACUCCGACGAGGUAUAUGUAAAGCAUCUUCCUAAAGAGAUCGAUCUCAAUAACUUGGAAACGGCCGCACAGGAGCAGAUUUUGUUCUACAAGAUACCGCGGACAGCUGGGGGUGAGAUUUUUCAUUUGCAGUCAUACCCGAAUAAAGAGCAGACUGUUGGAUUUGACACUGCUGGCAAUUUAAUGCUUCCUUCGGCUGUACAGCUUGAUAACGUUGCAAGUUUUUUCAAGAUAUUCCCUAGUUAAGCGCUUUCAACUUUUCUCAACUUUUAACACAUAUUUGUUAAUUCUUUUUUUUUUAAUUAAAAAAUUUUCUUGGAGACCGUGAAGUAAUUUCACCUAAUUACAAACUUUCUAUCGAUGAAUCCGUAAUGAAAUGCAUCUUAGAUAAUUGGUGAAUAAACUGUUACAAAGAA